AUGGUUGAGUUACGGAAGCGCAAAGCUCUCACAGAGCCUUCUAAACCUGUUGAGACAAACAUCAGAGCCAAAAAAAUCAAGAAAACGCCGAUCGAAUCUGAUAUUACUGCUUCUACUGCUUCAGCACCCACAAAAGAGCUUACGAAGACUGAGGCGACAGCUGUGACUCCGUCACAGAGGAAAGUACUAAAAGUUGGUGACACAAUCAACCUUGAUGAGAUCGGAGUGAAUAUAUUGACUCAUGAUGGAACUUCAACAACACUGAAGUUUCUGAUUGAGCAGAGCACCUCAGGUGUUGUUUUGUUUACCUAUCCUCGCGCCUCAACACCGGGUUGCACAACCCAAGCCUGUCUUUUCCGCGACCGUUACGACAACCUUACAUCCACAGGAUUGUCGAUUUUUGGACUUUCAACCGAUUCCCCCAAAGCCAACGCGAACUUCAAAUCCAAGCAGAAUCUCCCGUAUCCUUUGCUCUGUGAUCCAACCGCCAGUUUGAUUGAUGCUCUCGGUUUGAAGAAGGUGCCCAAGGGAACUGUUCGCGGAGUAUUUGUAGUGAGCAAGACAGGCAAAGUUCUUCUUCUAGAACCAGGAGGACCGGCUGCCACUGUAGAUGCUGUUCAGAAGAUAAUGAGAAGCAGUUAG